ACCCUCGUCGUCGCCACGACUUCCAAAGACAACAUUUCCUGGACCACGCAUCUCUCCAUCCCCAACCUCCGUGUAAUUCGCUACAUCAGCGACUCCUCCACGGCACCCUAUCAUCCCGCAAUCCCUUACAAAGGCCGCGAAGCACUCAUUUAUCUGACGUAUCUUCACGAUUACUAUCAUUCUCUCUCCGAUAUUACCAUUUUUACUCAUGCUUCCCCGGAUCCUUGGCACAUUGAUUCGACUUUAUUACAUUCUCUCCCAUUUGCUUUGACGCAUUUGGAUCUUUCCAAGAUUUUUUCUCCUUCUUCUCCUUCCUCUUCCUCUUUUGGUUUUCCAGGCGACGGACAACGCGAAUAUUUUAAUUUACGAACCAGUUGGAAAUUUGGAUGUCCCGAUUGGAUUGAGGCGAGAAAUGAGACUUGGCAUGAUAUUAUUAAACCCGAACAAGAGCAUAUGGCUGCUGCUAUGAGGGAUCUUUUUGGAAAUAGCAGCAGCAGUAACGAUGGUAUUGUUCCUGGCCCGCACAACAACAACAACAACAACAACAAAACACAAUCCCUCCGCAUCCCCAAAAUCCUCGCCUCACCCUGCUGUUCCCAAUUCGCCGUAACCCGCCACGCAAUCCACCGGCGUUCCCUCCCGGAAUACUCACACUACAUUUCCUGGUUCGGCGCCACCUCCCUCCCGGACAGCACGACAGGGCGCAUCUGGGAAAGACUCUGGCCGUGGGUGUUCCUGCAACGCAAAGCUCGAGAUUGUGUUGUCGAAGAAAAAGCUCUGUGUGACAUGUAUGGAGUGUGUUUUGCG